AUGUUCAAACUUCCUCAACUUCAGACUUUCCUCGACAAGUCGUCAUGUGCUGACAAUCUGACAAUCACCGUAGGAAGAACCAACCGAGGCUCGGCGGGUUCAGUUGAGGUCUGGUUUCAGCGCAAGUCACUAGGGGCGGAAUGGAGACAACUGAAGAAGUUGUCGGGCGAAGAGGUUGGCAACCUGCGGGAGAAGGCAGAGGAGGAACGGCCGGGCGGGCGCCGCAAAACGACUGCAGCGCAAGCAGCAGUGAACCGGGGUCGAAAAGCGGGGGAAACAGCAAGAUCUAGCGCGCAAGUGGAGGGGCAACUUCACGCAAGGAGUGGCGAAGCGUCGAGCGCAGACGAUUGUCGGACCAUUGUCGACCAAGCUGUGAUGUAUCUCGAUGGCCUCCGAUCAGGAGAGUGCGCUCUGUACAAUGUCGGCGAACAGGGCUCUGCUAGUACGGUCUAUCUGGCUAGCACCGGGAAUCACAACGCCGCCAGGCCCAAACCUCUCGGGCGCCCUAGCAAAGUGCGCGCGUUGCUCGAGACGGUGCAUCGGGACACCUUGGGAAACCUGAGCUGCACCUGCGACCGGGGCCGGUUGUACGCUCGGGCCCCCUGCGUGCACAAGCUUGCGCUUCAGACGUUGGAGCCGCCAAGGCUAGCGAGCGCCAUAUCGCUGCAGAUUGGGACGCGGGUGAUGGAGAUACCAUGCGACAGGACCGGGGAGCGGGUUUUUGGGGUGUACUGGAACGUUGGUUCGCCAUCACCUCAGAGGACAAUGGUCCACUAUGGAGAGGGGGCGCGGAUGGGCUGGUAUUGCGAGGGGAGGAAGAGCGGAUGCAGCAAGACUGCUGACUGCUCGCACAUUCAAGGGGUGAAGCGAGCUUUGAGUGGACCGAGCGGUGUGGACAAAUUGAGCAAGAGUUCAUUUUCGGAGGGGCAGCUCGAGCUCGCAAAAACGUCUUUGAAGGACGGGCUAGUGAGGUGCUGCACGUCUGCACAAACGAACGGAAAGCGAGCUCGAUCGGAGCAAGGAGAAAGCUCCGGUGGCAUUGGGGAGGCGAGCGCGAGAUCGGGCAAACGGAGAACCAAAUCAUUUUGGACGGCAGAAGGCACAGAAACGGAGGAGCCGGAUGCUGCAACGGGCAGCACGGGGGAAGCUGAGUCGGAUGCAGCUGAGGAGAGGGGGCGGGGAACGGAAAGUGCCCUCCAGGUCGAGGAUCGGAACGCGUUCUCGAUUCCGGUGUGUAAUAUCUGCGUGUGCCCCUCGAAUGUGUGCACGCACGGUGCCUCCCACGGGAUUGCGACGGUGUUGCCCAUGGAAGCUGAGGGCGUGCAGCUGGAGGUGCCCAAGCUCGUUCGCCCCACGGACUCCUGGCAGGUUCACGACCCCGAGGUGCUGCUGCUGCAAAGGCCAGUUCGAGUCAAGCUCCGGAUCUAUUGCUGCGCCUGCCCUGAGAAGCAUACCGUUCACUUCAAUGGAGAGGCGCUCGGUCUAUACGCGUGGACACGCGCGGUGGUCGUCACGCAGGUCGCUUGUCAGAUACUGCUACGAGACGUUCAGAAAUCGGGAGCUGCUUUCAGCCCGCUCAUUGCAGCUGGGAGUGCGGUACGGCGUCAAUACAAUCCCAGCGCGACCCUCUUGUCGGAAGAGUGUUGGCGUAAGGCGAGCCUUGGCUUCUUCAAGCUGUGCGGGCGGCAGAUCAUGGAGUGUUGUAGCCUCUGCGGACCACAUCCAGAGGUGCUUCUAUGCGACGGCAUUGCGAGGCUUGCUUGCGCCGACGGCACGCGUCAGAAGGGCGGGCUUGCCGGAACCGAUGCCGCCCUGCUUCGGCCCUUCACGGCGCCAAGUCAAGGCUCCGAUAAAGUCAACGUACAGAGAGUCAUGGAGGCCGGAAGUAACUACCUGGCGGCGUCUCUUUCGGGAGGGGGGCUGAAAAAGCGUCUCCUGCAUCAACCCGAGCUUCGGACGCUUCUAGCGCAGUUCAGCGGACACCAUGCUGCUGACCCAAAGCUAGGGAAGACGCUGAGUACACGAGAAUACAAGGAGCUUCUGGUCGCGCUCGCUAGGGACGAUGUGCAAGUCGUCACGGGCUUUGCCCAGGAUCCAGCCGAUGCCGAUGCAGACCCGGUGCUCUUGCACUGGCGCCGGCAGAUUCCGGCUCAUCAGGUCGGCCAGGUUCGGUCGAAGAACAAAGACGUGCUCGAGCUGCUUGACGGCAUCGAGAGAGAAGCGAUGCAAGACGCGCCCCAAUGGCCUCCCCGCUGCCCAGGCAGAUGGGCGGAACUGCUCUACACUCUAGGUGCCCCAUAUUCGGUCUCAGACGACUCGAAUCUCAUCCAACACGGGAAAGCCUUGGGGGUGGUCCGUAAGCUGCUCCUUGGAGGAGCCGCAAACGAUGAGAACAGGGUCGUGCUGGCCGAGCAUUCCCCUAUCCUGCGUCUGCUGCUAGACCAUUUCGGUGACCGCUUUCCCCGGUACUUCCAUCCCGUGCUACACCACCUUUACCGUUUGACACUGUUUGCGCGCGGAGCGAUGGGGCUUGGAAUUGGACGGGCGGGAUGGGCGUUGUCGGCGAUCGAAGGCCUCGAUGUCUGCGUCUGGCUGGAGCGGGAGCCAAAACCCCUGAACUUCGAGCAACAGCAAGCCUUCGACUUCUGGGCGGCCCGGGCGAAUGCUCUUCUCCCCGGAGUCGAAAGCCUUUCCCCUCCAGCACUGCACGAGUACGCCCUUCUUCCGCCAGAACGGAUCUUGUUGAACGACAGGCUCGGUCUCGAGGCGGACGGAUCGGAGCGCGGCUCUCUUCCCCAGGACCAUCCUUACUGCCGCGAGCAACGAGAGCUUGGCUGCUAUCCAAUUCCAGGAUGGGAGCAGAAACGCGCCCUUCCGCAAUACGAACCGUUCGAAGACGACCUCGGUAGGUCUCGCGAGCGCGAUGAGGAGCAUCGGUGUCGGAGCGGGCUUACCGUCGGGGAAUUCGAUGCCAAGGUCGCUCUGGAAAGCGGGAUCAAGAAGAACAAGAGCCUGCAACGGCACACAAAGGGCGGCUUUGUCUUUUCGUGCCCUCAUUGUGUCAUCUAUGGCUUCCACGUCAUGCUCCGCGGGGAGUCGCCGCGAGACCCCUUCACCGUUCUGUACACUCGCCUCAAUCGGAAAGAUCUCCCCUCAUACCUGGUCUACGACAACGCCUGCAAGCUGCGUGCCUACGCGAUGCGGAGAGAGCCAGCGUUCUUUGCAGAAGUCCGUUUUUUGGUUGAUCGAUUCCACUUCCAACGCACUUCUGCGGAGGCGCACAAAUGCGGCCCUUCUUACAAUCCGGACUACUACGACUCUGUGCGAUGGGUCAAUACGUCGGCAGUGGAGUCGUGCAACGCGUUCCUCGUCACCUUCAAGACGCAAGCGUGGUAUAGCAGCCUCGUAGCGUUCAUGGUCAUCCUCGCUAAUCUAGUCAGCGAAAGGAAUAGCGAUCUAGCACGGGUUGACGAACCAAAGCUGCGCAUUGCGGGCAGAGCGGACACGUGGAGUCCGGCUGUACGGCAACGACUCUUGAUGUACUAA